AUGUCGACGAAAUUGACGGAGGAAGAGGAAGAGUGCGCCCUCUGUGAACAUUGGUCUCGAUACGUACUGUAGAAAGCCGAAACUAAACUGAAGUCUUGAGGUUUCCCGGGGCCGAUAACAGGUGCUCUUCUUUCGUGAUCGCUCCAUCCACGGUUGCAGAGAGAUGAUGCGAAGUAAAGCUCCGCCCAUUUGGCUAGAGUCUCCUUUGACCAUUGGCUGGCCUCUUUGGCGGUGAUUGCUUUUUUUGCAGCUCUGAGAAGGUAUUCAGACUGAAAAUGUCGAAAUAUGCGUCAGAAACGAAGAUUUAUAAAAAAUCGAAGAAGACAUUUUAUUUCUAUUUUUCUACUUCUUAUCAGAAAAACCAUUUUGGUUUUUAUUUUCAAGCCUUUAAAAGUUUUCCCAUAAGUUUUCUGAUGAAUUAUAUGAAUGUCGUCUUCUUGCGCUCUUUUACGGUUUGAGCGGCGUCGGCAGCCCAAGUCGAUGAGGCGAGGUUCUACAUUAAUAUCAGUGGGCUGGCUCGAUUCAAAAAAAAGUCAAAAAAAAAGUCCACGAGAAGAUGUUUUCUGUUACCGAGACGAUAUCGGGACGAGAUGGCAGCUCGUCUCAAUAGACCGAGACAGAGACGAGAUCGAAUUCUCGGUCCUCCCUCGUCUGAGGAUUUUGAUGUCGUGGUUUCCCAUUACCAACAUUUACUCUUGGUUAUGUCGCGGUGGGAUCGAGCUUAUGACCCUUUGGACCGUAGACAGGCACACAACCUGUUGCGCUACGGCGCGCCGCAAAAGGAUGAAUUUCUUGGGAUUCGCAAACUGCAUCUUGUUACCGAGAACAUUCUUGUUACCGAGAACAAAAAAAGUCCGAUGAUAUAUUCGUUUAGCGAAACAAAAAACUUCUGGGCAACUUUAAAAAAAAAAGGUAUACUUCAUUAGCUGCGUCUUGAGACACUCUGACUUGUCUCCGCUCUCUUCUUUUACUCAGCGAGGUUAGGGAAACGUAAAAUUGCACGUGAACGCGAGAGCUUCGUUGAGAGAAAAGAGUGCGCAAAAAAGUCUCACUUUUUUCAAAAUGUGGUGAAUGACUAUCGAUUGAGCUCUUUAUCGUUGGAAUGCGUUUUUAAACGGAAAAUUUUUUUUAGUAUUGUUUAAAAUAACUCACGAGAAGAACCACGUCAGUCUCAAGUCAAGAAGUUUCGAAAGUAAUCAUUCAUGAGCUUCUUUCAUACAUCAAACCUCUAAAAGUUUCCUAAAAGGUCGUUCAAAAUUGGUUUUUCUAAUGUUUGUGAUGUUGGCUGAGACUUUCGGGUAUUCUAGAGAAGGAGUUGCUGAAGGUUGAUGCAUGGAAGGCCUUCAUCGAGCACAUCAGGAAGUGUUUUGCCUUGCAGAAAACUUCCAAAUCCAGAGUUGAACGAUCUUCUUUAUGAGCAAAUCAGUCAAAGCCAGAGCCAGGUCUUCUUUCUUCGCUGCACUGAAAAGCACUGUCUAGCCGUAGUUGGAAAAAGAUUGUUCCGAGUUCUGUCAACAAAACUUUUGCAGAAAGUCAACAUGGUACUUUGGUGCGACUAUGUUUUGUGGUUCGAUCGGAAUGACCGGAGCGACGGUGGGCGUCCCCCAGCUGACAAGACUCUAGGCGGUGGCGGUUAUUUUCGGCGCCGCCUUGUCAACCUCUACUGUUUUCGGGUGCCUCGAGGCAUUGCGACCUGAUAAGCCAGUCCACAGAAUCUCGUCCGGGGAGCGACGGACGGUUGCUUCUUCUCCGCCAUGGAAGUUCUGGUCAACCUGCAUCCAAACAAUCUCCGCUACCUGUUCUACCUGGUCACUCCCAAUGAGACGACCUUCGCCGAUACUGCCGCCAUCCCCAACUACACGGAUCUGGUCAGCUUUUGAGAGUUUAGAACUUUCAGAGGGACUUCAGAGAGAAUUUUGGAGUUCUGACAUCAACGAAAAAUGAAAAGCCAUUUUUCAUCUCAUUGAGGUCGUCCUCUGAAACGUCUCUAAUAGUUUAUGUUUGAUAGAUGCCCGAUGGAUUGUUCAGAACCCUUUAGUGACCGCUUUGCAACUUCAAUCAAAUAUUACCUCACGGCAAUUAUCGUUAUCAGAGUGAAUGAAAAGUGUCGUUUUUUACUUUUAUCGCAGUGCUACAACGCUACCGUAGCCGAUCACGAAUGAGCACGAGCUGAGACCAAGUUCUGCGGCAAAUGGGGGCGGAAUUCUCUGUGGAUUCAACGCACAUUACCGUAAUGAUUAGGAAAAGGCUUAGCCAAAGUCUUGACUUAAAGAUUAGUUCGAUCAAAGAUCUAUGUCAGCAUAAUUAGUUUAAUAAUAAUAAUAAUUUAUAUAGACUAUUUUUAAUUCAAAAGACACAUUAAUAAUGAGAAAAAAAAACUUUAAAAUAUUGAUUCAAUGUCGAAUUGCCUGAAAAACUGACCAAAGACCUUGCAUUGGGUUAAAUAAACGUUGAAUGUAUAUUAAUCCAAAUAGGAUAUGAUUUAGCGAAAAGAUCGAAAAAAAAAACGAAAAAAUUGGCCUUGAGCCAAACGCCUGUUUAAGGUGACCGGUCGUAAUACGGUAGUUUGGAUAGGUUUUUCAAUAAUAAAAUGAAAUCUUGUGUACUUUUUGUGACGUAACUUACCUUGUAACCUCGAAAAAUAGGUCCUUAACGAAUUGCAAAAAAGAAAGAAAAUUAAAAAAGUUUCCUGGCUCCGAAACUGACUGCGCAAUAUUGGCCGGCCACCGGCUGCCGUAGUACUGUCUUAAACAUGCGUGGCCAAAAGUGAGUUUUGUCAUCAAAUGAACAUAAUGACACAUAUUUAAAAAAAAAAGGACGAAUCUAGUUUUUUUUUAUUUGCAGACGAUGCCGUGGUUGAUCGUCUUGGUGGUUCUGGAGUACUUUCUCAGCGACGACAACAAAUUUGCCUUCAACGAUACGGUAACCUCAAUCAACGCCGGAAUAUUGUCUAUCAUGUUCAAGUUCGUUAGACUUCGUCGAAAGUGCAGAGAGAGAAAGAAGGAUUCAGGUUUGGCGGAAAGUACCUGUCGGCCUUGGUGUACUCCUACUUCUACACCCACUUCAGGGUCUUGGAUCUCGAUCCAAUGGCCGCCUCAACUUGGGUUUUGUGCUUUUUCACGCAAGACCUCGCCUACUACUUGGGCCAUCGAGCCAUUCACGGUGAGAUAUUUUUGGGAGAUUUAUCUGAGGCUUUGGAUGAUGUCGAAAGUUUUUAGCGGUGUAAAGAAAAAAACCUUUUUGAGAAAAAAGGUAGAUUUUCUCUCAAUUUUUGCAAGGUUUUUUGAAAAGCUGAAAAUAAUACAUUUUUUGUGUUUUGUAUAGAUCAAUUUUUUUGAAGCUAAUCUGAGUUGUCGACAGGAAAAGUGAGACCUUUUGAAAAAUAAGUUAGCUGCGCCUAUAAAAUACACAAGCUCAUUGUAUUUUCGCGAAGUGGGGAAAGAUACUUUCUUUUCUAUGAAGAAAUUUCAUUUCAAUGAUAAUAUUCUCCGCAGUAGCAAUGAAGAACAGCUUACAGAAGCCGGCGUUUUUUGGUCUUUCCACCAGAUGCACCACUCCUCCGAGUACUACAACCUGAGCACGGCCCUGCGACAGGGCGCCAUCCAAGACGUCGGAAUGUGUUUCUUCGACCUUCUUCAGAGCUCCGUCAUCCCGCCCAACAUUUUCUUCGUCCACCGCCACCUCAACGUUCUCUUCCAGUUUUGGCUGCACACGGAGGUUUUCACUUCAAAUCGAUUUGCUAGAACUUUGCGAAAGUCCACAAAGGGAAUUCGGCGAACUCUUCCGCUUUUAAAUCUUUUUUUUCCGAUUUGUGCUUUAGUUUCUAAACGUCGUCUUGAAAUUCAAAGAAAGUCGAAUGAGUGAUGUUUGAACUAAGGCGGGACUGACCACUAUCUCCCAGCGAUGACAAAAAAGGGUGAUGUGUGGUUUAUGAUCGAAAUGAACCCUGGUUCCGCGUCUAAACAUCUUUUUUUAUUUCUGGCGCCGCGUUCGACAUUGAUCUUUUGCACUGAAAACUACACUGUGUUCGCUAUAAACAGUGUAGUUUGCCAAUAGUUUGAGACAGUCUCGAAGUCUUGAUAAACCAAGAUGACUUUUGCAGAUUGUUCCUCCGUUGGGACCCCUCGAAUACUUCCUGAACACGCCGUCGAGUCAUCGUGUUCACCACGGACGAAAUCCCUACUGCAUCGACAAGAACUACGGAGGCACACUUAUCAUUUGGGACAGGUUGAUCAUCUCCAGAUCACCUCGACAAACCACCUUUUCAGACUUUUCGGAACUUAUGAGAAAGAGCGCAAAAAUGAAAAAAUCGCUUACGGGCUAGUCUCCAAUGUUCACACGUUUGAUCAGCUAUAUUGCCAGGUUUUUCGGAGUCCGAGUCUUUCAUGAGAUACUUGUUUUUUUUUCAGUUCUUCGAGUUCAAGCAGCUGGGUUAUGACAAACCAAACCUUGUGGACGAGAAUGGCAAGCCGAUUUUUCCUACUUUCUGGGAUAAAGUAAGCUGGAGUCGUUCUUUCCUACCGUCAUGAAACUGCUUUGCAGAUAUUUAAUUUUCUUUGAAUUAAUAUUUUUUAGUUGACACAUUUUCAGUUUAAAGCCGUUUUCGGACCUCCUGGCUACUUCCCAGGCGUACGAACUAAGCAGUUCUUCUGGUGGCGCUGCAUGGUGGACAGCAAAGAAGGCAUUCCUGAGGUCAGACACCAGCUUCAACCUCAAGCAACAGAGUUUUCAGAUCGAGAAACGCGUCGAGGUCUAUAACCCACCACUGACGCUCGCCUUACGCGUUUUCCUCGGAAUCCACUUCGUCGUGCUCAUCUUCGCCUCUCUGCACUUCAACCACGUUCGCGCCAGCCUCGACUACCCACAGUUCCUAUUUGGACUCGCCUUCAUUGUCUCCACGACGCAGAUCUUCGGCUACUACUUCGACAACAGGUUCAGUUGUCCUUCCCCACUUCAAGAUUGUUUCUGCUCCUCCAGAUACGCGGCGUUGCCCUGUGACAUUCUGCGACACAUCGUCGUGUUUCUGGUCGGCCUGCACUUCGGCAACCGCGACUGGACUUCCUGUGCCCUCGCUUCUCUCGUCGCCAUCACUUGCCUCGCCCAGUCCCGCCAGAUUUAUGUUGCCAUCGAGCAGAAAAAGCUUGAAUGA